AUGCAAAGAAUGAACAGUAUUUGGAGAAAUGUCAUAUCCAAACAAAGGUGCUCAUCCUUCAACUGUGCUGAAGCCAGGGGAUCCACCAACCCCCUCACGUGUUUACUUGGUAGCCGUCACCUCUAUGUUGGCGAGCGGGCCUCGCUGACCAAAGCCUUCAGUGCCACAGAUGUGGCGGUGUUCGCUGAGCUGACGGGAGACACUAAUCCCCUCCACUUGGACCCAGCGUACGCCAAGACCACAUCUUUUGAAACUCCCAUUGUUCACGGCGUGCUGAUAAACGGGCUCAUAUCGGCUGUGCUUGGGACUAAGAUGCCGGGCCGAGGCUGCAUAUUCCUCUAUCAGGAAAUCCGCUUCCCUGCUCCUCUGUACAUUGGAGAGGAGGUUCUGGCUGAGGCAGAGGUGAAAAAGAUUAAGAUGUCAUUUGCCUUCAUAAAGGUCACAUGCUCUGUGAAAGACAAAGUGGUCAUGGAGGGAGAGGUGAUGGUGAUGAUGCCAGAGGACCAACAAACACCAUGAGGAGAGGGAUAAGGAUUUCGGUUAUUUCAGUUGCACUUUCUAAAUAUAUGUUAACUCAAAUGAUUUGUGUUGGGGGUGUGUGCGCCAACCAUCUUUACAUGGAAACCUACCAGUAGAUUGGGGUCAGACAAUGUUUUAUUUUUUUUAUUAGAUCUGGUCCAUUAAGGACGGAUGUCCAAAGAUAAGACAUUUAAGAUGUGAACUGAGUUAUGUUUAGGGGAUGAGGUUAAGAGAUCCUGACAAAAACAAAAAAACACCCAAGCAUCACUUACACAAGUUUAGUCUGUUAAACUUAAUAUAUUUCUACAUGAAAUAAAUUGAAUCGAUUGAACCUUG